AAUCACGGCGCGGUGUGGCGGCGGCCGGCGUAUAUUCGAACAAAGUAUGGCGGGAUUUCGACGAAAAGGUAGGGCUUUUCGGACCGUCAGUUGACCUUAGCAAACGAACAUGAGCUCCGCCGAAUACCAAGCGUCCCGCGCGCACUCCGUCGAGUGGAUGACCCGCGCCAAGAAGAGCCUCGCGGUCCGCCACACGUCGCCCGUCCCCGCGGGCCCGGCGAGCUUCUUCCACCGCUUCGCCCACAACUACGGCGUGCGCCACGUCCACACCAACUCGUUCGCGCCCAUCGUCCAUAUCAUGCUCAUCGUCGCGGGCUCGGGCAUGACCAUGCAGUACCUCGGUCGCCACCGCCACAAGAAGGCGGCGCAGGAGGCUGCCAAGGCCGCCCACGGCGACAGCCACCACCACUAAGCGCGGGGUCCGUCGCCCGCGUGCUGACGCGCCGACGUCAUGGCGCCUCUAGACGGCGACAUUGCCAAUGUGUGCAGCCGCGGCCUCGAGUCUAACAAGAGUCAAUAUCGAAGUACGACUAUGUCUGUGUACCGCUAUGCGCAAUCUGUGUGGGCUUGUCUGGCCGUGGACGAUGAGAACGAGUCUGCUACCUAAUGCGCGCCAACUGCUGCCGUCACGUCUGCAUGACCAAAGUUGCGGGCGUAAGUAGAGAUGAACAUGGCAGUCGAAUUUGGCGCGCGGCUUGGCACGUACCGCGAUUAUCAACGCAAUAACGCUGCCAUCAACCAUGUAGUUUCCUCGCAUCCCUAGCAUCAACAUGACUUGCGUCUUGUCCUGGUCAUGCUCUCGUACAGUGUACCUCGACGCACGGUGGUAGCGCCAAGAGCGG